CCUGCCGCCAUUAUGAACAUCCGCAAUGCUCGGCCAGACGACCUGAUGAACAUGCAACACUGCAACCUCCUUUGCCUUCCCGAGAACUACCAGAUGAAAUACUAUUUCUAUCAUGGCCUUUCCUGGCCCCAGCUCUCCUACAUCGCUGAGGACGAGGACGGGAAGAUCGUGGGGUAUGUCCUAGCUAAAAUGGAGGAGGACCCAGAUGAUGUCCCCCAUGGACACAUAACCUCACUGGCUGUGAAGCGUUCGCACCGGCGCCUCGGCCUGGCCCAGAAGCUAAUGGACCAGGCCUCCCGGGCCAUGAUAGAGAACUUCAGCGCCAAGUACGUGUCGCUGCAUGUCAGGAAGAGUAACCGGGCAGCCUUGCACCUCUAUUCAAACACUCUCAAUUUUCAGGUUAGCGAGGUGGAACCCAAAUACUAUGCAGAUGGGGAAGAUGCUUAUGCAAUGAGGCGGGAUCUGUCGCAGAUGGCAGAUGAGCUGAGGCGGCAUCUGGAGCUGAAGAAGGGCGGGUAUGUGGUGCUGGGCUCCAGGGAUAAUGAGAUGGAGACACAGGGCAACACACUUCCCGUUUCUGAAGAGGCGUGUCAGGAAAAGAGCCUGGCUGCUGAUAAUAGCGGGAGUGACAGCAACGCGGAGAGCGCCGACAUACAGGACAGCUCAGAAGACUCGGAUUCCACCUCCUAG